AUGCGGGAGUACCUGCCAUUCCCGGCGGGGAUGCCUGACAUUUGCAUACAUUUGCAUCCGCCCAUCAUCGCCAUCCAGCGCGGAGCCUGCGGGCAGGGCCAAGAACAUCCUAAUAGCCUGCGGCACAAAUACAACUUUAUUGCAGAUGUGGUGGAGAAGAUAGCUCCUGCUGUGGUUCACAUUGAAUUAUUUCGCAAACUUCCUUAUUCGAAGAGGGAGAUUCCUGUUGCCAGUGGUUCAGGGUUCAUCGUCUCAGAAGACGGACUGAUAGUGACAAAUGCCCAUGUUGUCACCAACAAAAACCGGGUGAAGGUGGAACUGAAGAACGGUGAAACAUAUGAAGCUAAAAUUAAAGAUGUUGACGAAAAAGCUGACAUUGCACUAAUUAAAAUAGAUUCUCAGGGUAAAUUGCCAGUUCUUCUGCUUGGUCAGUCUGCAGACUUGAGACCAGGAGAAUUUGUGGUCGCAAUUGGAAGUCCAUUUUCUCUUCAAAACACAGUGACUACGGGGAUUGUUAGUACCACUCAGCGUGGAGGGAAGGAGCUGGGGCUCCGCAACUCCGAUAUGGACUAUAUUCAGACCGAUGCCAUCAUCAACUAUGGAAACUCCGGAGGACCCCUAGUAAAUCUGGAUGGUGAAGUCAUAGGAAUUAACACAUUAAAAGUUACAGCAGGGAUCUCAUUUGCUAUCCCAUCGGAUAAAAUCAAAAAGUUCCUAACUGAAUCCGAUGACAGACAAGCUAAAGGAAAAGCUAUAACCAAAAAGAAAUACAUUGGCAUUCGAAUGAUGUCUCUAACUCCUAGCAAAGCUAGAGAGCUGAAGGAUCGCCAUAAAGACUUUCCUGAUGUUGUCUCUGGGGCCUAUGUUAUUGAAGUAAUUCCAGAAACACCAGCUGAAGCUGGUGGCCUGAAGGACAACGAUGUGAUUAUAAGCAUCAAUGGACAGUCGAUAAGUUCAGCCAGUGAUGUCAGUGACAUUAUUAAAAAGGACAGUACGUUGAACAUGGUUGUACGCAGGGGCAACGAAGACGUUAUGUUAACAGUAGUUCCUGAAGAAAUCGAUCCCUAACCACAAACAUGAGCUGGAUUUCAUGUUUUCUUUUAACAGCAUUGGACUGCUU